AUGAGCCGCCGUAUAGGGGCUGUCAAAUCUCGAACCGGGUGCAAAACCUGCAAAAUCCGAAGAGUCAAAUGUGGUGAGGAGAAGCCAAGUUGCCUUCGCUGCUCUAGCACAGGACGGAGAUGUGAAUACGAGGGUAGUGGGACAUCUCCCCGGGCUCCCUCCGCACCCGGCCACGGACUGUCAUUGUCUCAAAAUGCAGCGCGACGAGAACGUCGCGCAUUUGCAUACUACUUCGAGCAUGUGUCCCAACAUCUGGCAGGUGGAAUGAAUGUAGACUUUUGGACCGGGGUUGUUCCGCAGAUCUGCCGCAGUCAGCCCGCUGUGUGGGAUGCAAUAAUUGCAAUUAGCGCACUGUACGAAAAUCCGAAGCAGUGCGUGGACUUUCAUUUUUUGAAGGAUCGCCGACAUAAGGCACAUUUGCUUAAUCAUGCCCAGGAGGAAGCAUUGACAUGGUACUCACGAUCAAUCUCUGGCGUUUCUUCGCAGAUCCAACGAGGCAGCGCAGACCCGUACGUUGCACUCAUCAGCUGCGCACUAUUUAUUUGCGUGGAGACGAUCCAAGGACGUAUGGAGAAGGCAUUGGAGCUCUACCGACAGGGUAUUAGCUUGAUACUUGACCUCCGUGCCCAAGUUGGCCAUGGAGGAGUAUCUACCAGUAAAGCCGUUCUGCUGGAGCGCAGCAUUGCUCCCUUAUUCCUACGACUGGGCACGAGUUCUCUGACUAUUACAGGGACUCAGUUUCCUAUUGAACUUUUCGCCUUUGUAGAAACAGACAUGGGCGCUGGCUUCCCGUCCGCUGAUUCGGCAAGAACCAUUAUGUCCGCCCUAGCUGCGGAAGUUAUCCUCUUUGAGCACGAGGCGAAAUUACACCUCAAGGCAGUUGGUGCAGAUUCCGCUGUAAGCCCAGAAAUGGUCGCGAGAAAAGAAGCGCUCCAAGCACGUCUCGCUGAAUGGCAUCUGGCAUACACCACCAUUUGCCAAAACAACAGCUCCGUACCCACUGUCCCCAUGUACCCAGAGCCUAUGCUGCUCACAUAUCAUGCUGCUGCUUUGAUUCAUGUGACAGGAUGCUUAAGGCAACAGGAAACCGUUUUUGACGACCAUUUUGCAGAUUUUGUGACUAUCGUCGAGCAAUCUAAGUUGAUUCUCGAUGCCUCAGCAGGUCCAAAUGGUGUUCAACCGCCAUUCACCUUCGAGAUGAGUGUGGGUGUCCCUCUCGCCAUGACCGUGUUGAGAUGUCGUGACCCAAUCUUGCGGAGAAGGGCUUUGGAUCUAUUGCGACUAGCGCCUCCGAUACAAGGGUUUUUCAAAUGCGCUCCCGUGGCUCUCUUGUUGGAAAUGUUGAUGAAGCUGGAAGAGGGCUAUAGCCUUGCCCUGAGGCAAGAAACCACAGUGACAAUUUCUCACAAAGUUCUCGUCAAGAAUGUUAUCGAUCUACCACCCCCCAUAACCACGCAUGAGACAAUCGGGUCACAAGCAGCACUCAUCCCUGAAGAGGCUCGUGUACAUGAGUAUGGUAUCUUCAGACCGAAUGAGUGGCAACCUGCGUGGAUCACUGAGGAAGAUCUCGCGCCGUUUCCACAUGGUCCAAACCAACUGUUUCUGGGAUUUUCAAGAAACCAAUACGACAAGGAAAGCAGCAGCUGGCGGCCGAUUUUUCAAUGCAUACCGUUAGAGGCUAGUUUUUGA